AUGGAUCGCAGACGUAUCAGUAACAAGAGCAGUGGCAGAUCGCGAGAAUUAGCUGGAGCCUCUGGCAACUCCGGCGAAGGUGAUGCACAAGACGGACUCUUCGGUUCCCCGAUUAUGGGUCGUACACAGGGCAACAACGAUGCCGCCUCCGGACUACUUGCACCACCUCGAGCUCGAGUCUCUAAUAGCUUUCGUAAGGGCGUUGCACAACCAGCUCGAGCUCGAGUCUCCAAUAGCUCUCGCAAGAGUGGUGCACAAGUUCCACAGUCUUUCGAUUCCCCGAUGAUGGAUCUUACAUCUAGUAAGGACGAUACCGACUCCGAUAUCUUUCCACCACCUCGAGCUCGCGUCUCUAGCUCUCGCAAGGGCAAGGGCGCUGUGCAAGUUCAACAGUCUCCUGAUUCACCGAUGAUGGAUCUUAUAUCUGGCAAGGACGAUAGCGACUCUGACAUCUUUCCACCACCUCGAGCUCGAGUCUCCAAUAACUCUCGUAAGGGUGCGCAAGUUCAACGGGCUCCCGUAGUACCAAUGUUCGAUCUUACUCAAGACAACAACGAGACCACUCCCACACCAUUUCACUCAGCUCGAGCUUCUGUUGGCGCUCAUCAAAGUGACACACAAGUUCGACAGCUUUCCGAUACAGCCUUGCUGGGUCUUCCACUCGACAAGGACGCUAUCAACUCUGGACUAACCCAAUCAGCUCGAGUCUCUCUUAGCGCUCGCCAAAGUGGUGCGCAAGCUCGGGACUCUCCAGAUUCACCAGUUAUGGUUGGCAAACAAGGCAAGAACGAUAGCCUCUCCAUCUUCCGUCGAUCCGCUUCUCUCUUCAGCAACUCUCGUCAAAGUGGUGCGCAACUUCGAGACUCUCCUACAUCACCAACGAUGGAUGUCACGCAGGGCAAGAACGAUAGCGGCUCCAUCUUCCGUCAACCUGAUUCUCUCUUUGGCAACUCUCGUCAAGGUGGUGCUCAAGUUCGAGACUCUUCCGACUCACCAAUGAUGGAUGCUACACAGGACAAGAACGAUCGCGGCUCCAGCUUGCUUCAAUCUGACUCUCUCUUUGACAACCCUCGUCAAGAUGGUGCGCGAGAUGGAAACGCUUCUGAUUCUCCUCCUCUGUUCGUCUUCAGACCAAACCAUGAUCGAUUUACCUCUCCGGUGGCCCCAUCCAGCUCGUCUGCUACUCGUCUUCCGGCCAAGAGACGUAUUACUACACCUCGCGCCAGAGCCACUCCCAAGACCAAGACCGGUGCUCAAUCCAAGACCAGCGCUCAACCACAAAAGCCUAUGGGUGCCCGCGCCUACGCCAAGCUCGCGCUCUUUGAGCAGACAAUGAAUGAGCCUGACUUGCGUCCCAUUCGCCGACCCCUUCCAAGCAAGAAUCUACCAUGGUCCGAUGAUGAAGAGGAUUUCAAUACCUCUUCCUCCUCGUCCGAUGACGAUGAUGAGCCCGUACUUCCCAAACGCUUGAAGCGUGCGGCAGCAGAUAGUGAUCCCCGAAAAUACUACGACAACAACCCCGACAACAGCGACGGCCUAGAGCCUGAACCCCGCGGAGCUGUCUAUCCCGGCUUCGACUUCGACAGCCUGAUGAACUUCCCUCCUCCCCCCAGUGCGUCAGACUCCAAGCCAAAGAGCAUCCUCGCCCGCAAGUCUCCCGCCCCAAUGAAGGAGGUCCCGAUGAACUUUUUCGACGACCCAUCCACGCCCAACAUGUCCUGGAUCAUCCGAAAGGCCGAAGAGAUGCACGACGUGGAGAAUGAGAAGUUGCACCCGGGUCGCAAGGCCUCUCUCGCAGCCAAGAAGAUGGUCCGUCGCCGCACAGCUGAGGCCAAGCCGAAGAGAAAAUACCAGUGGAAGACCGAGAAUAAGAACAAGAAGGAUCUCUACCAGAAGAAGGGACGCACUGGCCGUGAGCGAGACUAUCUCAGAGCUGUUAAGAAGGCAGAGGAGGCUGCGCUGGAGGCAGAGAAGGCUAAGAAGGAGUUAGAUGACUUGGAGGAGAAGACUCGCAUCAACACCAAUGGCAAGCGUAGCCGAAUUGAGGGCUCUACUGGUCGCAACAAGGACCACGAUGAAGCUCUCAAGAAGGCAGAGGAGACGGCUCGUGAGGCAGAGAAGACCAAGAAGGACUUGGAUGAGUGGAACGAGAUGACUCAAUACAAUGGCAACAAGGGUGCAGCUGAGGCCGAGGCUGAGGCUGAUCCUGAGGCUGAUUUUGAGCCAGAGGAGGACGAGGACGGAGGUUUUGAUGGCGAGGAGGAUGAUAUCUACGGAGAUGAUUAAGUGUCUGGUGGUUACUCUUUCUUCAUUGCUUUGCUUUCCGCAUUGCUUUCUGCACUGUUUUUCCUUCUUCAGUUCGUGGGGGACACUUUCGGAGUGCAUACCGUUGGUGGUUUGUGGCAGUGAUGGUUUUUCCUUCUUCGAUUCUUGCGUUGUCUUGCACAACACUCAUUUCCCUGGCUGUCAGCACUUACACUUCUCUUGGUUUCGACUCUCGAUUUAGUUCGAGCAGGGGAUCCUUCUGAGGUCUAGCUGGCGGACUUGUAUUUACGAUUCUACCACACGUCAGCGAGAUGAUCGGGCUUCUCCCGAUGGACUUGCACUGCUUUUUGCGUUGCGUUGCGUUACGACGUUGUUUUUAGCUAGAUUUGACUGACGG